AUGGAGAGUACAGUAACGGUUAUGUUCCUUGUGUCGUUUUCCAUGCUGCUGUGUGAAAGUUAUCAUCAUGGAGUGGAGACAGCUACUGUUGUGCAUACAUCAGAGAGAGCUUUUCCAGAAAAGACAGCUGGUAUUAAUACUGACUUGGCAGGACUAGUACAGAAGUUUCACCUUCAAGAACUUUUUCAUCGUUAUGGAGAAAACAACUCUCUGUCAAUUGAAGGGUUUAGAAAACUGCUCCAGAACAUUGGUAUAGAUAAAAUGAAAAGGAUUAAAAUAAGCCAUGACCAUGAUCAUCAUGACCAUGAUCACCAUGACCACGAUCAUGAUCAUCAUGACCAUGACCAUCAUGACCAUGACCACGAUCAUCGCUUUCAUCAUAAUCGCAUUUCGUUGAGUAAAAGCUCGGAGAAGACUGUUUGCCCAAACCAUGAAUCUGAUGCUAACAAAGACCAUAGGAACAGUCAUGCAAAGGAACCUCAUAAAGCAGAGAGUGUGGAACACCAGCAGAACUUUGUACGCAGAAAGAACACUGUUAAUGAAAUAACAGCCUCUGUCAUCACUGCUUCUGCAGGUGCCCACUCUGAGUUGCAGAAUGUGCAACCUGGAGAAGUCAAGAUGGUUUCUCGUUCAGGUCUGACUGGCCCUAGUGCUGUUAACGUCACAGGUGGGCGCAAUGUGAGCUGGUUUGCUAACAGCAAAGCAAAUGAGUCAGCUCGUACUUCUCCAAAGGAACCAGAGAGAGGAAGUUACCUAUAUUCUAAACUGAAGAAACUACAUACUCAAGAGUGCUCCAAUGCGUCAAAACUGAUGCAGUCACAUGGAAUAGGCACUCAAGUAUUGUUGACUCCUACAGAAUUUAGUUACCUCUGUCCAGCUCUUAUUAAUCAGAUCGAUGGCAAAUACUGCAUAGUCCAUGCAACAAGUGAAAAAGUUGAAACUCCUCCAAAAAGUUACUCUCUGCAAAUAGCUUGGAUUGGUGGCUUUAUAUCGAUCUCUGUCAUCAGUUUUCUUUCCUUAUUGGGUGUUAUAUUGGUACCGCUGAUGAAUCGUGUAUUUUUCAAAUUUCUUCUAAGUUUUCUUGUGGCAUUGGCUGUGGGCACCUUGAGUGGAGAUGCCUUCUUACACCUUCUUCCACAUUCUCAUGGAAACCAUCACCAUCACCAUGAAAAGCCUCUGCUUGAACAAAACAAAGGCUCUAUGUACAAACAUCUUGUUUUUCAAAGUACAGAGGAGAGUGCUUACCUGGAUUCAACAUGGAAAGGACUUACAGCACUUGGAGGCUUGUACUUCAUGUUUCUAGUGGAGCAUUUGAUCACUUUAAUAAAGCAGUUUAAAGACAAGAAGAAAAAGAAAAAAAAUGAAGAUGAUGGAGAAAGUAAGAAGUUUUCAGUGAAUGAAGAAAAGUUAGAUGCAGAUGACCGGCCUGAGGGCUAUCUAGGGACAGACUCUCAAGAUCCAUCAACCUUCAUUUCUCAGCAGCCAACUGUACAAGAGGAAGAAGAAGUGAUGAUAGCUCAUUCUCAUCAAGAGGAGGUUGACAAUGAAUAUGUGUCCAGGGGCUGUAGAAACAAAUGCCAUUCUCACCUACAUGAUACUCUAGGACAGACAGAUCAUCUUAGUCAUCAUCACCAUGACUACCAUCAUAUUCUGCAUCACCAUCAUCAUCAGAACCAUCAUCCUCACAGUCACAGUCAGCGCUACUCACGUGAAGAACUGAAGGAUGCAGGGAUAGCAACUCUGGCAUGGAUGGUGAUUAUGGGAGAUGGACUACAUAACUUUAGUGAUGGACUAGCAAUUGGAGCAGCCUUUACCGAAGGGUUAUCUAGUGGUUUAAGCACUUCUGUGGCUGUAUUUUGCCAUGAAUUACCUCAUGAGCUAGGUGAUUUUGCUGUACUUCUAAAAGCUGGUAUGACUGUCAAGCAAGCUGUGCUUUAUAAUGCUCUGUCAGCUAUGCUGGCCUAUCUUGGAAUGGCAACUGGGAUCCUUAUUGGUCAUUAUGCAGACAAUGUUUCAAUGUGGAUAUUUGCACUUACUGCUGGCUUGUUCAUGUAUGUGGCUCUUGUGGAUAUGGUACCUGAAAUGCUCCACAAUGAUGCCAGUGAUCAUGGAUGUAGCCGGUGGGGAUACUUCCUGCUACAGAAUGCUGGGAUUCUCUUGGGUUUUGGGAUAAUGCUGCUCAUCUCGGUAUUUGAACAUAAGAUUGUAUUCAGCAUAAACCUGUAA